CUCCAUUUUGGGGAUGGGGGGGAUGUCCACAGCCUGCCCUUUCUUUCCCCCUAGUGUUCGGGUGAGGCUUCCCCCACCCACCCAGAUAUCUUGUCUUGGAUUUGUUCCUUCUGUGACAUUUCCCUGCUGAGACGUGCUCAGUUGGAUGGCCACCUGAGGUCCUCUGUCUUCUCUGCCGUCUCCAUUAUUCAGGUUCCUUUUUCUCUCUCCUAUUCUGUUUCUUCUCCCAGCUGACACUUUCAGCCUCUCCGUUCCUGGAUUUUCCCCUUGGUCUCUCUGUCUGUCUGUCUGUCUGUCUCUCCUUCCCCACCGCAGCUGUGUUUCAUGCUGUUCCCACCUGAUCCCUCCAUUUGGAAUCUACCUCUAUUUGCCUCAAGCUGGGCUUUUUCAUUGCUUCUUCUCCACCCCACCCCUUUAUGCUGACACAUUUCAGCAUUGCUGCUGCUCCUGCUUUGCUUUUUUCAUCCUCCGGCUCAUGUUUCCAGUGGCUAAUUUUCUACAAAAACCAUCUUCAGCUUCCUACAUAGGGUUGUGUUGCCUCCCGAACAGGACCAGUGGUAUUCCCAGCUGAGAUUUCUUCCUGUCUGUGCGCUCACUCGCUUAAGGUUUGGGUGUGUCUAUUAUCUGGCUUUUCUAGAAGCGUGUGCCUCUUUAUUUGCCUUGGCUGGUUCGAGAACAAAUACAUGGUUGUUUCCUUCCCCCUGUACCAUGUGGUCUCCUUCGGCAGCCUUGCUGGAUCUCCUCCACCUUUUGAAGAGGCUGCCCAAUUCCUGUAAACACCUAGAUUUUCUCUGAACUGCCCCUGAUGAGCCCAACUGGGCACUAAGCAGGGAGGCGUACAGCACUGUCUGCUGCAACAGAUGCCUGUAGCCAGAGAAUUCCAGUUCCUUCAUUCACCCGCGGCCUGACACCACUGAGACCAGCCAGAAAAGUUAAGCUGAGGACACCAGAAGGCUCACCGACCAAUGCCAAUACCAAUGUCUUUCUGUGUCCGUCUGCAACUGGAGAACAUGUCACAGCUGCCUGUGGGCUCCCAGACUGUCUUCUUUCUGUAAGAUACCAAGGAGUUCUACCCUGAUAACUCUGUGUUUUGAGACCACCAUAUGCCUGUAAACCAACGGCCUCAUGGCUCUUCCAUGCCUGUAAUGACAGGACUUUUUCAGCCCUCUGUCUAACCAGUUGACAUCAGCUGUGGAACACUGUAUAAAACUGAAAAACAGCCGACUAAAUGCUUAUCUACUGUUGCUGAUGAACUCUAGGAAAUCCGUCUCUGAUUACAAGGAACUCUAGGAACUCUAGAAUGUUUGGUGCUAGCCAAAGAAAUUCAAGCUUCCCUCUCGGUUUAGGGCCCUUGGGUGACUGCAGUCCUAGAACAACUUGAAAUGCCUGUAGCUCUACCACGCACCUGUAUAGUCAACAGAAGUUCAGGUUUUUCUGUAAUCUGUAGUGCAACAGCUCCCAAAGCACUGUGGGCCUCUAGCCAGGGAGCACUGGGUAUUUAUAAACUUGUAACUUACUGUAUACCUACAGCCAGAGACCUCCUGGAGUGGUGGUAUGGUUGUAGUCAGUAAGCCCCAAGCUGUAGUAAAACUAGUGAAGUCAUAUUCCUGUAGGCUGAAACAUCAAGGCUUCCACACUUCUGUGAUUACAGAUGAUCCAUGGGGGUUGUCUAGAGAUGUUUUUGAGCACUUGAAUGCCUGCAGCAUGAGUUUAAACUUUAGUAUAGGUGUAGCUCUACAGCAUGCUCAUAACCACUAAACAUUGGCCUUGCCCCAUACCUAGUUUCCCUCUAUUCUAGCAAACGGAGAAGCUUGGUGAACCUGUAGCCAAGAGCCCACUGUCUGCCUGUAGCUCACUUACAUGUUUGUAACUGAAAAAGCCUGGGCAUUGGCAAAGCUGUAACUUUACCUCUGAAGCUAUAGCUCAAAACUUCCAGGCUCAGGAGAAGCAGAAAGGUCUGCCAGAUGUCUGGCUAUGAGGAAGGAGGUGUGAAGGGCUGAAGUUUCCCUGUGCGGGGCAGCGCCAUGUAGAGGCGCCCCAGAGGGGGAGUGGAGAUGCGUGCAGGGACUCGAGGGUAACUGGAGCCCGACUGGCCGGGGAGAAACGUUACAUGAAUGUCCAACGGAGGCAGGUUCGAGUUUGACGAUGGCGGCUGCUAUGUGGGUGACUGGGAGGAGGGCCGGGCGCAUGGCUACGGUGUAUGCACAGGCCCCGGAGCCCAGGGGGAAUACAGCGGGCGCUGGAGCCGUGGCUUUGAGUCCCUGGGAGUCUACACCUGGCCCAGCGGGAACACCUACCAAGGUCACUGGAGUCAAGGCAAGCGCAGUGGACUGGGCGUGGAGCGCAAGAGCAAGUGGAGCUACAAGGGGGAGUGGAGCCAUGGGCUGAAGGGGCGCUCAGGUGUCUGGGAAAGCCACUCGGGAGUCGUCUAUGAAGGCAUGUGGCACGAGGGCCUGCAGGAUGGCUAUGGCAUGGAGACUUACGCGGAUGGAGGUACCUACCAGGGCCAGUGGCAAUCUGGCAAGCGUCACGGAUAUGGAGUGCGCCAGAGUGUCCCUUACCGUCAAGCAGCCCUGGUGCGCUCCCCACGCCGUACCUCUCUGGAAUCGCUCCACAGCGAGACUGAUCCUAAUGCCCCUCUUCCGCCCCUCCCUCCCCCUCCUCUGCCCCCUCCACCACUCCCUGGGGACAGCCCAGCCUCGGGAUCCAGGGGGGGUUUCGUCUUGGCCUUCCCCGGUGACCCAGACUUUCCCAAGGGAGUCAAGAAGAAAACAGGAGGCUUCUUCCGCCGUUCCCUGCUUCUGAGUGGGCUAAGAGUGCGGAGGGCUGAGUCCAAGGCCUCCUUGGGGAGCAAGCGAGGAUCCCUCAAGAGUGAGGCAGGGGUAAGUUCAGCCGGGAGUGAGGCCACCACACUCAGUUAUGCUGAGACAGAACCUCCACAGCUGCCUUCCUCUCUGACCAUUGAGGGCUCUUCCACCGAGGUCUAUGCUGGAGAGUGGCGGGCUGACCGGCGCAGUGGCUAUGGGGUCAGUCGCCGUUCCAAUGGGCUGCGGUAUGAGGGUGAGUGGCUGGGCAAUCGGCGGCAUGGCUAUGGACGCACAACCUAUCCCGAUGGCUCUAAGGAAGAAGGCAAAUACAAACUCAACCGUUUGGUGAGCGGCAAGGUGAAGAACCUGAUUCCCCUUCGCCGGAGCAAAGUCAAGGAGAAAGUUGACCGGGCUGUGGAAGUGGCCAGGAGGGCGGUCAGUAUGGCACGGCAGAAGCAGGAAGUGGCCAUCGCCAGAGCCGCCGACGCUCGUCUGAAGGCUGCUGCUGCGCUCAGUGCGGCUGAGAAGGCCUUGGAAGCUGCCCGCCUAGCCAAGAUUUUGGCCCAAGAAUUGCAGCCCAUCCUAGCUGAGCCAGAGCCUCGAGGCCGGUUGGAUUCCGAAGGCACCGACACUGACUUCCAGGAAUAUGACAGCCCCCGGAUCUAUGAGAACGGUGUCACCCCGUCGGAUGUUACCCCAGACCCAAGCCUGCCCCCGAGUUAUCCUCCUACGCCGCUGCAGCCCUGGCGGGGGGACUCUCAGCGGACUUGGCCCCCCUUGGAGAAUGGAGGUCCUCGCCAGCACCUCCCGGAAGUCUCAGACCCCGAGGACGAGUGGGGCUGCAGGGGCAGCUUCCCGUCUCGAACACCGGGGUUUGUCCCCGAGGGGCUGUGGGAGGGAGAGCAGGAGCACCUCAGCAGCUAUGAAGCUGAGGAAGAAGAUUAUGAGGGGGUCCCCCGGCACCCCCAACUGGGCAGCCCAGCCAGUGGCAGCUCUGGCAGCCUCCGGGAGGAGGAAGAGGAGGAGGAUGAGGAAGCAGCUCCCAGGCCUUAUCCUGGGGAGACCCAGGUGGAACCAGCACUGGCAAGAGUUUCCAGGGGACCAGAACUGGAGACUGAGAAAUUGCCUGGGGGCCCAGGGACCUUGGUGGCGGAGAGAGAGGAGGCCCACAGAGGUGUACGGAGAAGGGAGAGACAGGGAGCCCACCCAUUGGUCGUUGCCGCUGUCCUGUUGGUUGAUGUGAGUCUGGCGUACCUGUUCUCCCUCCUCCUCACCUAAGGUGGGGGGGGCAAAGGGGCCACUUUUGACCUCAUUUCCUCCCUCCUUCCCCCGCUCAACAACAAUGGUUUGGUAACAGACUCUUCUCCAUCCUCUGCCUUUCUUCCUGACCCCCUUCUCUUUUUUCACAUGUCUUCCCCCCCCCCUUGCUGCCUCCUAUCCCUUGACCUUUCUAGAUUGUUUACAUACGAAGGGCUCUCUUUCUUACUGGAGAUUUCACUGUUUUUUCUUGCUAUCUCUCUGAAAACUACAACCCCCCCAUGGUCGUUUUCAUGGUCCUUUCCCCCCCCCUCCAGCUACAUCCAUCUUUCUUAAUCACACUUUGAAACUCUGGGGGAUUUUAAACAAUUAUUUUCCGGGGGGGGGUGUGCUCAGGUCUAGGGAUGAGUUUUGGGCACCUUGUGGGUUUUUUUUAAAAGGGGGGAAACAUCACUGACUGUAGGGAGUCCCAAUCUGCCUGCCUGCCAUGAAAUAGCAACCCCCCCAAGGAAUCAGUUCAGAACCCUCUCCCUUGCCAUCAUCUUAGAAAGAUUAUUGGGGGGGGUUCUGCUCAACAAAGCUCUCCUCCCCAAUCAUUCCAGUACACAAGAACAUUAAUUCCUUCUCAAAAGAUGCUCCACUGAAAUAUAAAGAAGGGGCCAAUCGGUUUGCUUUAAGGAAAGGGUAUCAAAUGUGUGUUAUCUUCCCUCAGCCCAUUUUCUACCAGCAGAUGGCGCAGUGAGGCAGGAAAGAAAAUGGAUGCCGAUUCCAAGAAUGGGCAUCUGAUUCUGAACAGAGUUUGCAGAAUUUGGAGGGCAUUCAAGGGGAAAGCCUUGUCUUGGUCCGUUUCUACAUUCAUACUCUCACUUUCCCCCCCUCGCUCUCUCGCUCUCUCUUUCUGCCACCUCCUUUCCCUGAGGGAACCGGAACCUUCUUUUCAAACAAAAAGAAACAAAAGAAGAAACAACAAAAAAAACCUUUUUAUUUACGCUUUUAUAAACAUUUUUCUCGCAGCGUUUGAAUAAAUUAAAAAACACUAUAAAUUAAUGAGAGGGUGAAAGGGAGAUUCCUGUUGCUUAGGAGAAGGGACUUCACAAAAGGGGGACUUGUGCAAUCUCCAUAAAUAGGAAGUCCGGAAAUGGAAAAGCGAGUGUUACUGGAACAAAAUCGGAAAUGCCUCUUUUGCAGCAGAAUUGCAAUGGGCAAAAGGCAGGCUGCCCUGCUGCACCUGCGGCUGCGGACAGCAGCUCCUUGGGGUCCACUUGCCCAGCACCAAAACGGGGUAAGGGUCUCAAGAUAGUGGAUGAAGCACCUUGAUGGUGUACGCUGGAAAUUCCAGCAUUAGGACAAAGGAUGUCCCGCCCCAAAGGAGGUUUGGAGAAUGAAGGACCUGACCACGGAAAAGGAGAUAAUUUGCCUUCUAGAGGGUAACAGAGUUGACCCCCUAUGGGGGAAAAAAACAAAGAAGAAGUUGUGCCUUUAGAAAGGAAAAGUGCAAUAGGAGAGAGACCCUACAAUAAAGGGGCAAAAAAGGAAGUCCCACCUUUUUCAGGGUGCUCACAGUGCAAUACGGGAAGGCCUGCCUUACAGAUGGCAAGGAGAGGCAUUUUAACGGCAAAAAGAAACUUUAAAGGGAGGGGGCUGUGUGUGGACCCUGCUGUAUCCCUUCAUGUUCUGGGUGACCGGGAACCGGAGAGGAGAAUCGGUAGAUACAGGCUUAUGAUGGAGGUCCUCUAAGUGUAUUGUGGGGUGUCCUCCACAAGGAAUCUCCCACUCAGCCCCUCCCUGGAUUCUGCAUGAGGAAGCGACUGAUCCUUUGCUGCGUGCUGUGUAUACUGAGAAUGUCUGUAUAGCCGACAAAAACAGGAAAAAAAAGUAACUCUUCCCUACAUUUUUCUACCGCCUGCCCCCUCCUCCUCUAGUGCUUUGCUCCGGCCUUGAUCUGAAGACCUCCCCUCCUCCCCAGUUUGCCUUUUUGACUGGAUAUUUCUUAUUUCGUGUCUUUGGGAUUGAAAAAAACACAUUAAGUCUUG